CCCGACUAGAGUAGUACAUAAACAGUGUAGAUUGCUGUAUUUUUGAACACACAGUGAUGUCAGUUCUGUAAAUCCAUGGGUUUGUGGAAGAAAUACCCGAUGACGAUUCUGCAGCCAUGGCGAGCCUUGCCUCAGUGUGUGGCAGUGGGAAGACGUGCUGCGUCUUCAGUUCCUGCCAGCGCGCUGGACUUUGUUCCAUCCAGCAGCUCAGUAGACAGGAACUCAGUGGAGCGGCUCCAGAGAUUUGUAUCACAAGCAUCACGCCUCUUUGUGUUAACCGGAGCAGGAAUGUCGACUGAAUCAGGAAUCCCCGACUAUCGAUCAGAACGUGUGGGGCUGUAUGCACGCACAAAUCGCCGGCCAAUGCAGCACAUCGAGUUCAUGUCCAGUUCCAAGGCUCGGCAGCGCUACUGGGCUCGCAAUUAUGUGGGCUGGCCCGUGUUCUCCUCUCACCUGCCAAAUUCAGCUCACUAUGCCUUGAGGGAUUGGGAGGAAAAGGGCAAAAUUCACUGGCUUGUCACUCAAAACGUGGAUGGUUUACAUUCAAAGGCAGGACAUCAGAGACUGACUGAGCUUCAUGGCUGUUCACACAGGGUGGUGUGUAUGGGCUGUGGGCAGUUGACUGCACGUGAGGAGUUGCAGAAGACCUUUUCGGCACUGAACCCAGACUGGAAGGCAAGUGCAGGGGAGGUUGCACCGGAUGGAGACGUACUGUUGGAGGACGAGCAAGUGCUGCUGUUCAGAGUCCCCUCAUGCCAGUCCUGCGGUGGCAUCCUCAAGCCUGCUGUGACGUAUUUUGGUGACACUGUGGACCGUGCCACUGUGCAGCUUGUGCAUGAAAGGCUGGCUGAGGCUGAUGCUGUGCUUGUGGCUGGAUCCUCAUUACAGGUGUAUUCUGGGUACCGUUUCCUGUUAGCAGCCAGAGAGCAACACCUCCCAGUGGCCAUCCUAAACAUCGGUCCUACCAGAGCUGAUCACCUUGCUGAGCUAAAAGUGAAUGCUCGAUGUGGAGAAGUGCUUCCAAUUCUGAGUGCAAACUAAAACCGGGAGCACCCAACAUGUGCAGCAUUCCCCCACUUUUCCCCAGCUACUCAAACUCAAAAACCUCAUCCUUUUAGUUUUACAAAUUGAUUUAUAGAAAACUACCUCACUGUUCCAUUAUGAUAAGACAGUACAAAACUGGCUUAAUUUUCUGUGAUUGCUAAAAGAAAUCAUAUUUUAAAUGAUCUAACUGUGUAACAUUUAGUGUAACCCACAUGGUUGAAAAGAAUGAAUGUAAGAAGGUCAAGGGGUUUUAUGUGGCAAUGCAGAUGGUUCUUAUAUGACUUUAUAACGGUCACUCCUUUUUAAAACUGUUCUCUAGCUCAGGGUAACUCAAGUGAAAGUCUGAAAUAUGUCUGACUCUUAGGAUUUUAAGCUGUAGAGAUGGAAUGUUUUAAUUGCCUUAUUGCCUACUAAAUAUGACUUACUGAUGGGUCUCUUGAAAUUAGCUUAAAUAAUGUCAGUAAAUGCAAAAUGUUUAAAAAAUAAAAAAACAUUUGUGGUGAAUUUAUAUGAUAAUACUGAGAGUUAAAUGUCUGUGGUUGCACAGUCUCACAUCUGACAUUCAGCUCAUUAUCUCACUUUCACAGUAUUACUCAAUAUUUAAGAUAUGUUUAUAAAUUUAGUCUUGUGAUUUGUAAAUGGUUAACUGUUGUUCGAUGGCUAUUUCUGGUUUGGGUCAAGACAAGGGACAAAGGACACAUUUAUAGUUUAAAAACAACUUUGUAUUUUUGUUUUGAAAAAAGAUAAAAUGUGAAAUGAUUUAUGGAGAGUUACAUUUCACCAUACAAGUUUGAAUAAACUUAAACCUGGGGCAGAAUCAUUAAGUCAUUAAGUAGUUGGCUAUUGUUAUAUAAAAUCUUUAACCAUUUGACACAUAUUUUGCCACUGUCGCCCUCAGCUUGCUCAUUGGAGACAAUUUAAUAAUUUUGAUUUAUACAUACUGUAUUUUCUCAAACAUUUUCCUAAUUUUCUUCUGAUUCCUUAAAGCUG